AAGAUCUUGAAAACUUUACCAGGUCCGUGAGAGAGAAAACUACAUGACACUACACCAUGAGUGACAGUAAAUGUGAUAGUCAGUUUUACAGUGUUCAAGUUGCAGAUUCAACAUUCACUGUACUAAAACGUUACCAGCAAUUGAAGCCCAUAGGAUCAGGGGCACAGGGCAUUGUUUGUGCUGCGUUUGAUACAGUCCUUGGAAUAAAUGUUGCUGUAAAGAAGCUGAGUCGUCCUUUUCAGAAUCAAACCCACGCAAAAAGGGCUUACAGAGAGCUUGUUCUUUUAAAAUGCGUCAAUCACAAAAAUAUAAUAAGUUUAUUAAAUGUAUUUACACCACAGAAGUCACUAGAAGAAUUUCAGGAUGUAUAUUUGGUUAUGGAGCUGAUGGAUGCAAAUUUGUGCCAGGUUAUUCACAUGGAAUUGGAUCAUGAAAGAAUGUCUUACCUGCUUUACCAAAUGUUAUGUGGUAUCAAACACCUCCACUCAGCUGGUAUCAUCCACAGAGAUUUGAAACCCAGCAACAUAGUAGUAAAAUCAGAUUGUACGCUCAAAAUUCUGGAUUUUGGACUGGCAAGAACAGCGUGUACUAACUUUAUGAUGACUCCAUAUGUAGUAACGCGGUAUUACAGAGCACCAGAGGUUAUCCUCGGCAUGGGAUAUAAAGAGAAUGUUGAUAUCUGGUCAGUUGGGUGCAUCAUGGGAGAAUUGGUGAAAGGUUGUGUGAUAUUCCAAGGCACUGAUCAUAUUGAUCAGUGGAAUAAAGUUAUUGAACAGUUAGGAACACCAUCAGCAGACUUCAUGAAGAAACUACAGCCUACAGUGAGGAAUUAUGUAGAAAACAGGCCAAAAUAUCCUGGUAUUAAGUUUGAAGAGCUCUUCCCAGACUGGAUAUUUCCAUCAGAAUCUGAUCGCGACAAGUUAAAAACCAGCCAAGCAAGAGAUUUAUUAUCAAAAAUGCUUGUAGUAGAUCCAGACAAGAGAAUUUCUGUAGAUGAAGCCUUACGUCAUCCUUAUAUUACUGUCUGGUAUGAUCCAGCUGAAGCAGAGGCUCCUCCGCCUCAAAUCUAUGAUGCACAAUUGGAGGAAAGAGAACAUGCAAUUGAAGAAUGGAAAGAAUUAAUAUACAAAGAAGUAAUGGAUUGGGAAGAAAGGAGCAAGAAUGGUGUGGUAAAAGAUCAGCCCUCAGCACAGAUGCAGCAGUGAAUAGCAACACCAGCCCUUCCCAGUCAUCAUCUAUCAAUGACAUUUCAUCCAUGUCAACAGAGCAAACAUUGGCCUCAGAUACAGACAGCAGCCUCGAUGCCUUGACAGGACCCCUUGAAGGAUGUCGAUGAUCAGCCAGGAUUGCAGACUUGGCUUUGGAAAAGAACUCUUGCUUCCGUUGGGCCUGAAUUGCUUGUAAGUUAAUGGAACCAAGUAGAAAAACUCCAUGUUCUGCAUGUUCUGCUAAAGUAAUGCCUGUUUUUUUACUCAGUUGUUAUGAACUUGCCUGCUUAAUAUUGUAGAAUGAAAGCAAAUCAAUGUCUAAAGAAUGAAAAAAAAAA